AUGAAAGUGCAUCUUCUACUAAUCAUUCUUAUUAAGUUUGUAUAUUCGAUAAAUCGAAAUAGUAUUUCAUUGAAUACACUUAAACAAAUUGAAGAUCUUUCAACAUUACCAGACAAUUCAUUAUUUACGAAAUGGAGACCAAUUUAUCAUUUCGCUUCACCUAACUCGUGGAUGAAUGAUCCUUGUGCACCAUUUUAUAAUCCAACAACAGAAAAUUAUCAUUUAUAUUAUCAAGUUCAGCCUGGUCAUGUCCAAUGGGGAAAAAUAUCUUGGGGACAUGCAAAAUCAAAAGAUAUGAUCUUUUGGGAAGAUGUCACUUCAUGGGAAGGAUAUAAAUAUGUUGCUCUUGCACCAGGUGUUGGCAAUAAUCAAAGUAUUAAAGGUGUUUUUACUGGUUCUGCUUUGCCAGUAACAAUUAAUGGUAACAUAGAAAAUGGAACAAUCACAUUUAUUUAUACAAGUGUUAAACAAUUGCCAAUCAGUUGGAAUGGAAUUUAUGAAUUGGAAAGUGAAACUCAAUCGUUAGCAGUUUCAUACGAUGAUGGUGUUACUUUUCAACAUUAUGAGAAUAAUCCAAUUCUUCGUUCACCACCUACAGGAAUGAAUGUUACAGGGUGGAGAGAUCCUAAAUUGAAAAAAUGGCCCGAAAUGGAUGUUUUAUUAUAUGGAUCUAAUCAAGGAAACUAUUAUAUGACUAUUUCAUCAGGUAUUCGAGGUAUCGGCCCACGACUUCUCUUCUAUAAAGCUCAUCCAAACGAUUUGACCAAGUGGACAUAUUUAGGUCCUCUUCUUGCCGUAAAUGGUAAUUAUACUGUUAACGAGAUCUGGUCAGGUUCACUCGGCUAUAACUUUGAAGUCUCUAAUACUUUUGCUCUUCUUGAAAAAGCUGCUGAUGGUGGAGAUAAUCGAACCAUUCAUACAUUUGCUAUACUCGGUACUGAAGGAGGUAAUACAACUUUACAUCAAUCUACUCAUUGGUCUGUAUGGAUUCAAGGAAAUAUUAUUAAAACAAGCAAUGAUAGUCCUAUAAUAAAUAUUUUGGCAGGUGGUGUUGCAGAUUGGGGUGAUACUUAUGCACUCAAUUCAUUUCAUGAUCCAAAAGGAGAUCGAAGAAUCUUCUAUGGAUGGGUUAUGGAAGCUAAUAAUAAUUAUGGAGAACGAUCUUUUGGUUACAAUGGUCAAAUUACACUUCCAAGACAGGUUUUUGUUCAAGUAUAUACAAAUGUUGUUGAUAUUGAUGAAUCACUUACACAACAAGGACCUUGGACUGUCCUAUCAAAUACUGAUGGAACAUAUACAUUUAAAACUCUUGGUAUUAGACCAAUUGAUGAAGUAAUUAAACUUCGACAAAAUAAUAAUCCUGUUUAUCUAGUUUCUCAAACUUUUAAUCAACCAACUUUAUUUACAAGUCUCAAUAUUUCCUCUACCAAUUUUGAGUUACAGGCCUAUAUUAAUGUCUCUUCAAAUACUAGUGCUGGUUUCGUUUUUCGUAGAUCAUCCAAUGGAUUAGAAUAUACUACCUUGAUCUAUGAUCCAGUUUCACAAUAUUUAAUUUUAAAUCGAACAUACUCUUCAUUAAUUCCAAUGUUUGAAAAUAACACAAUUUACGCUAAACACGCAUUAUUAACGACUAAGAUCGAUGAUCAUACGACACAAAAAGAACUUUUAUCUUUACGUAUAUUUGUUGAUAAUUCUCUGGUAGAAAUUUACGCAAAUAAUCGUACAGUUAUUGCUACACAUAUCUAUCCGACAUUCUCAGAUUCUACUGGUCUUGGAUAUAUUGUUGAUGGGCAAGAUGGAUCUGUUACAUUUAAUAAUGUAUCAAUCUGGCUUAACUUACAAAAUGCGUUUCCUAAACGACCAGCGAACAGUUCUAUUAAUUUAGUCAACGAUAUGACUAAUGGUGCUACAUUAUCAUCUACUAUACAUUCACUUUUCUAUUCCUUUUUAAUUUUAAUUUCGUUUGGAAAUCCAGCCACUUACAGUGCAACAUUCGCUUUAAAUGGUACCCUUAGUCCAAAUAUCACUUUAAAUGUUGGUGAUCAAUUACAAUUUAAUUUGGCUACGACUGUAUCGAUUCAUCCGUUGACAAUAUGUCAAAAUAGUGCCGUAUCUAAUUUCUGCAAAGCAGCCACUACUAGUGAUGAACUCAACACUCCAAUUACUAACGCAGGUGACACAACUUCUGUUGUAUUUAAUACUAGUGGUACUUAUUAUUAUGGAUGUCAUAAUCAUCCCGGAAUGGGUGCUAUGAUUAACGUCAUACAAACAGUUACUACUGCUUCAUCAUCAUCAUCAACAGGUUCCUUAUCGACAUCAACAAAGGGUACUGGUGCUAGGCAUAAGUUAUCUGUACUAUUUCUGUUUGCAGUUAUAGUCUCUUUAUUUACAAUUAUUUUCACCUGA